AAUUGUCCCCGGAAAUGACCUCAUAUAAACCGAAAACACUCCCGGAUUUCCAGCUGGCGUCCAAAAAGUGACAACAGGAUUAUUUACUGCAUGAUCACAUCCAGAAGCUCAAUUUAAAGACAGGAAUCUUUGUGCCAGCUGACCAGCCCACUGAUCAGCAAAAUGAGCAGUUCAGGAACAGUGGAGAGUGGGAAACCUCCCAAGAUUGGCUCUAUCGUAGAGGUGACAGGCAAGGGUCAGCGGGGCACUGUUGCCUACAUUGGCGCCACCCUCUUCGCCUCUGGGAAAUGGGUGGGUGUCAUACUGGAUGAGCCCAAAGGCAAGAAUGAUGGCACCGUGCAGGGGAAACGCUACUUCACCUGUGAGGAAAAUCAUGGCAUAUUUGUCAGACAGUCCCAGAUCCAGGUUGUGGAAGACGGCUCCAGUGCCACCUCACCUGAUACUCCUGAGUCUGGCGCAACAAAGAUCCCGAGACAAAAAGACAUUCCUGAGACUCCCAAAACAACCAAGCAGAUACCAGUGAACGUUAAGAACGUUAAGGCGUCUCGUGAGAGUCUCUCGACCUCGCUGUCUGGUGAUGUCAGUGAGGCCGGUCUGUCCUCCCAGCAGGGUGCGCUGGGGGCUCCUGUCGUGCCUCAGCCCAGCGGGUCGCCUGCAGCAGCAGCAGCCGCGCUCCCGGCUACUCCAAGCAAGGGGGAACCUGUCAUAUCCAAGCAGGAGGAGGAAUCACUGCGAGCUCAAGUCAAGGACCUGGAGGAGAAGCUGGAGACUCUGAAGAUGAAGCGAACUGAGGACAAGGCCAAGCUGAAGGAGCUGGAGAAACACAAGAUCCAGCUGGAGCAGCUUCAGGAGUGGAAGACCAAAAUGCAGGAACAACAGGCCGAUCUGCAGAAACAACUCAAAGAGGCCAAGAAGGAUGCCAGGGAGGCCCAAGAGGCCAAGGACCGCUACAUGGAAGAGAUGUCAGACACAGCAGAUGCCAUAGAGAUGGCCACUCUAGACAAAGAAAUGGCUGAAGAGCGAGCAGAGUCCCUGCAAGUGGAGGUGGACUCACUGAAAGAGAAAGUGGACGAGCUCUCAAUGGACUUGGAGAUCCUUAGGCAUGAGAUAUCAGAGAAAGGCUCAGAUGGAGCUGCCUCAAGUUACCAAGUCAAACAGCUGGAGGAGCAGAACAGCAGGCUUAAGGAGGCUUUGGUCAGGAUGCGCGAUCUGUCUGCCUCAGAGAAACAGGAACAUGUGAAGCUGCAGAAGCAGAUGGAGAAGAAGAACACUGAGCUGGAAACUCUGAGGACUCAGAAGGAGAAACUGCAGGAAGAAGUCAAACAGGCAGAAGCUACUAUUGAUGAACUGAAGGAGCAGGUGGACGCUGCUUUGGGGUCAGAGGAGAUGGUGGAGACCCUGACGGAGAGGAACCUCGACCUGGAGGAGAAAGUCAGAGAGCUGAGAGAAACUGUCACUGAUCUGGAAGCCAUCAAUGAGAUGAAUGAUGAGCUCCAGGAGAACGCCAGAGAGACGGAAAUGGAGCUGAGGGAGCAGUUGGACAUGAGUGGAGCGAAGGUCAGAGAAGCAGACAAAAGGGUGGAAGCUGCUCAGGAGACUGUGGCUGAUUACCAGCAGACCAUCAAUAAAUACAGAGAGCUCACCGCCUCCCUUCAGGAGGCCAACAGGGAGCUGAUCAGUCAGCAGAGUGCAAAUGCAGAACAAGUUCAGCAACCACCUGCAGAGCUGUUUGACUUCAAGAUCAAGUUUGCGGAGACCAAAGCUUAUGCCAAGGCCAUUGAGAUGGAGCUGAGGAAAAUGGAAGUGGCUCAGUCGAACCGACAAGUGUCCCUCCUCACCUCCUUCAUGCCGGACUCCUUCCUGCGUCACGGUGGAGACCACGACUGUAUUCUGGUGCUUCUACUCAUCCCCAGGCUCAUCUGCAAGGGUGAACUGAUCAGCAAACAGGCCCAGGAGAAGUUUGACCUGAACGGGAACGUGGUCCAGGGAGCAGGGCUCAGAGGGCCUCCAGGAGAACAGCGCAGUUUUGCUUCAGGACUGGUCUACUCCCUCAGUCUGCUGCAGGCCACCCUGCACAAAUAUGAACAGGCUCUGAACAGCUGCAGUGUGGAGGUCUUUAAGCGCAUGGGUACACUCUACUCCGAAAUGAGCUUCCAUGAGCGCUCUCUGGAUUAUUUCAUCGACCUGCUGCAUAAAGACCAGCUGGAUGAGACUGUUCAGGUGGAACCCCUGACUAAGGCCAUCAAAUACUAUCAGCAACUGUACAGUGUCCAUCUGGCAGAACACACUGAAGACUGCACAGUGCAGCUGGCUGAUCACAUUAAGUUUACGCAGAGUGCCCUGGACUGUAUGGGAGUGGAGGUGGCUCGUCUGCGGGCGUUCCUGUCCCCAGGGCAGGAGAGCUCCGGCCUCUCGGUUCUUCUGAAGGACCUGGACACUUCCUGCUCUGAUAUCAGACAGUUCUGUAAGAAGAUCCGCCGCCGCAUGCCUGGAACUGAUGUUGCCGGAGUUCCUGCUGCUCUCAAUUUUGGACCACCGGUGUCGGAGACGCUGACGGAGUGCAGACGCCAGUUGACCCGUGUGGUUGCAGUUCUCCAGGAGGUGACUGCAGCUGGAGCUCAGAUGGUUGCUUCUCUGGGAGAACAGGAGGGUCUCAAUGCCCUCAGACUGGAGGAUACUGCCUGCAAAGUUGUGGAACAGGUAUACGGCACACAUGGCGUGAACGGGCCAGAGUUGCUGCGACAGUCAUGCAGCUCUGUCAUCGCUACCAUGAACAAGAUGGCUACAGCCAUGCAGGAAGGAGAGUAUGAUGCUGACAAACCACAGGGGAAGACCUCUCCAGUCGAGGUAAGAGCAUCCACUGUCAGGGCUGAGAUGACUGAUGCUGAGGGUCUAGGAGUCAAACUAGAAGACAGAGAAACGGUCAUCAAGGAGCUCAAGAAAUCCCUGAAGAUUAAGGGUGAGGAGCUGAGUGAGGCCAGUGUCCGCCUGAGCCUGUUGGAGAAGAAACUAGACACCUCCACUAAGGAUGCCGACGACCGAGUGGAGAAGAUUCAGACCAAACUGGACGAGAACCUCGCCCUGCUGAAGAAGAAAGAAAAGGAGUUUGAGGAGACGAUGGAUGCUCUGCAGGCUGACAUCGACCAGCUGGAGGCGGAGAAGGCAGAGCUGAAGCAACGCAUCAAUAACCAGUCAAAGAUGACAAUUGAAGGCCUGAGAGGUCCGCCUGCCUCAGGAAUAGCCUCCAUCGUUCAGGGAUCUGCAGGAGCAGGUCUGCCUCCAUCCAUGGCAGGACCAAUGCAGGUGGUGGACUCUCCUCUCCUCAGGCAGCAGGUUGAGGCUCAGAGACUCGGCCUUAAACGCCUUAAGAAUGAAAACAACAGGCUCAAGGCGGAGAAGAUGAGAGCCCAGCUGGCCUCCCUUCCACCACUCUGCCCUCCCAAACUCCCGCAAGUGUCCAAAGAAAGCUCCAUUCCUCCAGAAGGACUAAACACAGGCAUCUAUCGCAGAACCGACCAACUGCUGGCAACCCUGCUCAAACUGAGUGCAGAGGUUAAAGUAGUGGACAUUACUGGGAAGACAACAGUUAGUUCCAGUGCACAGCUACUGGAACAGACAGCUCGACUGCAGAACCUCAGCGAUGCUCUGGACAAACUCAAGGGUGAGGUAGCUGAACAUGUGGUCUCUUACCAGCCUGGAGCGAAGGCGUCCUCUGACUUUGCCACGUUCCCAGUGUCCUCCUUUGUUAAGGCCAAGGAAGAGAAGCAGGGAGGAACGGUGUUCGUAGGUCGUGUUGCCAUCCCAUGCACCCGCGGACAGGAACAAGUCCACCGCCUCGUCCUGUCGCAGCAGCAGCUGCAACAAGUUCACCGUCUGCUCAUGGUCUGAAGUGCUGCAUUGGCCUGCAGCUGUGAUUGACAGCACAUCAAAAAAUAGCUUUUUUUUUUUUUUUCUCCUCCCCAUCCUCUUCUCAUUCCAGCUAACAUUUCACUUCAACAUUCUCCUCUAUUUAUCCUUUUUGCUUUCCACUAUUCUCAGGAAACUGUAUCUGCAAAGUUAUAGCACUAAUACAUUUGGUUUUGGAUAUUUUUUUCAAAAGUCCAAGACCUUUUGAAUGUCACAUGAAGGUGUCUUGUUUUCAUCAUUAAAACAGUUUGGGUACCAGUUUUGCCAACUUGUUGUGGAAACAGGGAAAACUAACAGGUCAUUCUUACUGUACUUGCACCAGCUGAUAGCUGUUUCCCUUUGUAUCUUUUGUAUUUGUAGUAAUUCAGACAAUAAAAGUAAGCAGUUCAACUUCA